CCGGCCACGCGGAUCUCCCGACGCUAUCUGUGUUCUCUACCCAGCAGGAUGCGGGAGAGCCCCGUGCCGGAGGAGUCGGAGCCGGGCUCCGGGGCGCCGUGCGCGGGCUCCUGCCACGCGCAGCGCGUCCUGCAGACCCUCAACGCUUACCGGCGGAGCGGCACCCUCACCGACGUGGUGCUGCGCGCCGGCGGCCGCGACUUCCCGUGCCACCGCGCGGCGCUCAGCGCGGGCAGCGCCUACUUCCGCAGCCUGUUCGCGGCCGGGCGGCCCGAGCGCGGCCUGGCCCUGGUGCCCGUGGCGCCCGAAGCUCCGGGUGGGGGGCCCACCGGGGCGGCGGCGGCGGCGGCGGCGGCGGCGCUGGCCGUGGUGCUCGACUACGUGUACGGCGCGGGCGUGCGGCUGCGCGCCGAGGACGAGGCGGCCGCCGUGCUGGCGCUGGCCGAGCGGCUGGGCGUGGCGGGCCUGCGGGAGGCCUGUGCGCGCUUCCUCGAGGGCCGCCUGCGCGCCGCCAACAGCCUGGCGCUGCGCCGCGUCGCCGCCGCCUUCUCGCUCACCUCGCUGGCCGAGCGCUGCGGCCGCGUGCUGCGCCAGGCCUUCGCCGAGGUGGCGCGCCACGCCGACUUCCUGGAGCUGGGGCCCGACGAGGUGGUGGCGCUGCUGGCCGACCCGGCGCUGGGCGUGGCGCGCGAGGAGGCCGUGUUCGAGGCGGCCAUGCGCUGGGUGCGCCACGACGCGCCGGCCCGCCGAGGGCAGCUGCGGCGCCUGCUGGAGCACGUGCGCCUGCCCCUGCUGGCGCCCGCCUACUUCCUGGAGAAGGUGGAGGGUGACGAGCUGCUGCAGACCUGCGGCGAGUGCCGCCCGCUGCUGCUCGAGGCCCGCGCCUGCUUCAUCCUGGGCCGCGAGGCCGGCGCGCUGCGGGCCCGGCCGCGGAGAUUCAUGGACCUAGCUGAAGUGAUCGUGGUCAUCGGCGGUUGUGACCGUAAGGGGCUCCUGCAGCUGCCCUUCGCCGACGCCUACCACCCAGAGAGCAGGCGCUGGACGCCACUGCCCAGCCUGCCGGGCUACGCGCGCUCGGAGUUCGCCGCCUGUGCUCUCCGCAAUGACGUCUACAUCUCCGGAGGCCACGUCAACAGCCGUGACGUGUGGAUGUUUAGCUCCCAUCUGCACACCUGGAUCAAGGUGGCCUCCCUGCACAAGGGCAGGUGGAGGCACAAGAUGGCAGUCGUGCAGGGCCAGCUGUUCGCGGUGGGCGGCUUCGACGGCCUGCGGCGCUUGCGCAGUGUGGAGCGCUACGACCCCUUCUCCAACACCUGGGUUGCCGUGGCACCCCUCCCGGAGGCUGUGAGCUCGGCCGCGGUGGCGCCCUGCGCCGGCCAGCUCUACGUGAUCGGGGGCGCGGGCCAGGACGGCGUCAGCACGGACAAGGUGCAGUGCUUUGACCCCAAGGAGGACAGGUGGAGCCUGCGGUCCCCAGCGCCCUUCUCGCAGCGGUGUCUCGAGGCUGUGUCCCUCGAGGACACCAUAUAUGUGGUGGGGGGCCUCAUGAGCAGAAUCUUCACCUACGACCCUGGCACAGAUGUCUGGGGGGAGGCAGCUAUCCUCCCCAGCCGUGUGGAGAGCUGUGGCGUGACUGUGUGUGACGGGAAGGUCCACAUCCUUGGCGGGCGGGAUGAUCGCGGGGAAAGCACCGACAGGACCUUCACCUUUGACCCCAGCAGUGGGCAGGUGGAGGCCCAGCCGUCCCUGCAGCGCUGCACCAGCUCCCAUGGCUGUGUCACCAUCGUCCAGAGCCUGGGCAGGUGACUAAACUUGGACAGCCUGAGCCAGGGGGCAGAGAGAGAAGGGAGAACCCGGGCUCACCACUCUGCUCCCCUCCUGGCCUCCAUGUAAAUAGCCCCUUAACUUAUUGCCCCCUUUCCUUGUAGAAAUAAAACCUCGUUCAAAGGUUGGGUCUGUGUUCCGGCUCGAGCCUGCUUUGCCUGGAGAAGUAAUGCCCAGUAUCUUCUCCCUGCUUUGACUCCUUACAAAGCACCUUCAUACGU